AUACUCUGCGCGAGAGUUAGCGACUUUAAAUCGCAAUGGAUCAUGCUUCGUAUGUUGCACGAAUGGUUUCGGAUGAAGCAACAGAUACAAAUGAUCGACCAGAAUUUACAUAUAAGUUGUCUGAGGAAGAACUGGGCAAAUUUGUGAGAUUACGUGCCACCAACGCUGCACUCUUUACUGGGAGGAGAAACGCAGCGAAAAUGGGAUGGAGGGCCAUUUUGAGAGAGAUGGGUCUUCAGAAGAAGAUGACAACAGUUCAGGCCAAAAAAAAAUGGGAGAAUCUCAAAAAGAAGUACAAGGAGCUGAAAAACCCACCCCCAGGCGCACAGGUUAACCCCACAAGCUGGCGUUGGUUCAAGCUUAUGGAUGACGCUGUAGAGGGGCGACUUGCUGAAAGUGACCUCAGUGUGUCCAUGCUGUCGGUGCCUAACGACAGCAAGGUCCUCGUGGGCAAGAAGUCCAGAGAGAGGGGUCGCAGGCCUUGCAGUAGCGAGAUUGAGCUUUUGAUUGAUGGUGAGGACACAGUGGACUCAGAGGAUCCAGAGCAGGGUGAGCUGGAGAUGGAUGGAGACCAGGAUGACAUUGAGCAGGAGAGGGCUAUGCUGGACGGGGAGAAGCUGGCCCUGGAGAAUGAGAGGAUGAUUCUGGAGUGGGAAAGGAUGGUGCUCUUCCGAGAGCAGGCGGGUGUAGAGAGGGAACGGGCUGCGUUGGACCGAGACUGGGCUUCGCUUAGGAGAGAGAAGGCGUCGGUGGAGCGAAAGAGGGCGGCCGUGGAACGGGACCGAGCGCAGCUGGAGAAAGAGAGGGUGGUAAUGGAGAGAGAAUGGGAGUGGCUGGAGCAAGACAGGACUGUGCUGAACAGGCAGAAGGGAGACGUGUCAGAAGACUGCCCCGAAACCUCAGAGGAGGCUGACAAAAGUACAGAUUUGGACCUUGAACCUGCUGUCCUGGAGAGGAGACAGAAAUUCCUCACCUUAUUUGAGAAGUUGAUAGAGAACUUCUGA